UGGCUUUAAAAGUCCUGGUUUGGUUGGAAUUAUAUGUAUAGUUAGUUUGGCUGCCAGGAGGUUAAGUGAGUGGUGAAGAAUGGACGUGAUUAAAUUAACUUUUUUGGUGUUUCUUUAUCAGCAGUUGCUAUGGCAAGGAAACGUCUGGAGUCAGGCUGCGAACACCACCGUCAGCACGACGCCGCCGCCUCAGGACGACCCCGACUCUGGGGAUAACGCCACCGUCAGCACGACGCCGCCGCCUCAGGACGACCCCGACUCUGGGGAUAACGUCACCGUCAGCACGACGCCGCCUCCUCAGGAUGACCCCGACUCUGGGGAUAACGUCACCGUCAGCACGACGCCGCCGCCUCAGGAUGACCCCGACUCUGGGGAUAACGCCACCGUCAGCACGACGCCGCCGCCUCAGGACGACCCCGACUCUGGGGAUAACGCCACCGUCAGCACGACGCCGCCGCCUCAGGAUGACCCCGACUCUGGGGAUAACGCCACCGUCAGCACGACGCCGCCGCCUCAGGAUGACCCCGACUCUGGGGAUAACGCCACCGUCAGCACGACGCCGCCGCCUCAGGAUGACCCCGACUCUGGGGAUAACGCCACCGUCAGCACGACGCCGCCGCCUCAGGACGCCACCGACUCUGGGGAUAACGCCACCGUCAGCACAACGACGCCUCAGGACGACUACUCUGGGGAUAACAGGACCACGAGCUGGCUUCAAAUGUUGCCUUGAGUCCUGUUGAAUGCGUUCCAGGUGCUGUGUAGUUGCAUUGUCAACAUUGUUUCACUAGCCAAAUAAAGCCUUUAAGUUA